ACUUCCAGCCGCCGCGGAGCGUCCGGGGCUGCGUUUGGGGUAGAUUUGAACCGCACUGAUAGGGGUUGACGGGUGAUCAGUGUCCGCCGUCGCGGAUGGCCAGGGACCUGAUAGGGCCGGCGCUGCCGCCUGGUUUCAAGGUCCGCGGGACAGCAGAGGACGAGGAGCGGGACCAGAGCCCGGUUGCAGGACCAGCUCUGCCYCCUAAUUAUAAAAGCAGUAGUUCAGAUUCGUCAGACAGUGACGAGGACAGUAGUUCUUUGUCUGAAGAAGGAAAUCAAGAAUCCGAAGAAGAUGACACUGGUCCAACUGCAAGAAAACAGAGGAGAAAUCAGGACGACGAUGAUGAUGAUGGGUUUUUUGGACCAGCCCUUCCUCCUGGAUUUAAAAAGCAGGAUGAUUCUCCUCCCAGGCCUAUAAUAGGUCCUGCAUUGCCACCUGGUUUCAUUAAAUCUGCACAGAAAAGUGACAAAGGCAGAGAUGAUCCAGGACAAAUAUCAUCGAAUUUCAAUUCUGAGGAAACAGAUAGCAGUGAGGAUGAGAAUAUUGUUGGACCAAUGCCUGCAAAAGAACCAGUUAACUAUAGUGUAACAACAGAGUUUGAAAAAAGGGCCCAGAGAAUGAAAGAAAAACUAACCAAAGGAGAUGAUGAUUCAUCUAAACCAAUAACAAGAGAGUCAUGGAUGACUGAACUUCCUCCAGAAAUGAAAGACUUUGGUUUAGGGCCAAGGACCUUUAAGAGAAGAGCUGAUGACAAAUCCGGAGAUCGAUCAAUCUGGACAGAUACUCCAGCUGAUAGGGAAAGGAAAGCUAAGGAAACACAAGAAGCAAGAAAGUCAUCUAGUAAGAAGGAUGAGGAAUAUGUAUUGUCAGGAAGAGAUAAGAGGUUGGCUGAGCAGGUAUCCUCAUACAAUGAGUCAAAAAGAUCAGAAUCUCUUAUGGACAUUCAUCAUAAAAAAUUAAAAAGUAAGGCUGCUGAUGAUAAAAAUAAGCCCCAAGAGAGAAUACCAUUUGACCGUGAUAAGGAUCUCAAGGUUAAUCGGUUUGAUGAAGCUCAGAAAAAAGCCCUAAUAAAGAAAUCUAGAGAACUAAACACCAGAUUUUCACAUGGCAAAGGCAAUAUGUUUUUAUAAGGGGAUUUCCCUGUGCAAUGAAGAAAAGUUGAAGAAUACUCUUUUAUCUGUCUCUUCAUCUUUAGACCUUGGUCUUGGGCUUCUUAAGAUUAGAGAUUACU